AUGGUGAUGUGUCUUGCAGUCACUGAAGAACUUCUUAGACAACGUGCAGAGCAUAACAACCGUGAACUUUUUUCACUGGAAGAAAUCUCCUUGCACCAGCAGGAAAUAGAAAAACUAGAAUACAUUGACAAAUUGUGUCGAGAUUUAAAAAUCCUCUAUCUUCAAAAUAACCUAAUUCCAAAAAUUGAAAAUGUAAGCAAACUAAAGAAGCUUGAAUAUUUAAAUUUAGCUUUGAACAACAUUGAAAGAAUUGAAAAUUUGGAAGGAUGUGAAGAACUGCAGAAACUUGACCUGACAGCAAAUUUCAUUGGAGAACUGUCCAGUAUUGAAAUUCUAAAACAUAACAUACAUCUUAAAGAACUCUUUCUGGUGGGGAAUCCAUGCACUGAGUUUGAAGGUUACAGACAGUUUGUGGUGGCAACUCUUCAUCAAUUAAAAUGGUUGGAUAGUAAAGAAAUAGAACGUUCCGAGAGGAUUCAGGCAUUGCAGAACUAUCGACAAGUAGAGAAGCAAAUUAGAGACCAGGAACAGGUUUACCUUCUCCAAAGGGCCAGAGAAAAAGAAGAGGCCCUAAAAAAAAUACAAGAAAAGCAGGAGAAAAAGAAAGAAAAACAAAUAAAACCUAAACCUGGAUUUGACGGACGUUGGUACACAGACAUCAACAACAUCAACCCAGAUCCUCUAGAAGACAAAGAAAACCACCAGCAGAAAGAAACAGAAAAGGAAUACCAAGAAUGGAAAAUAGAUAAAGAUGAUGAAGAGGACAGAGCUUUUUGGGAGGAGCCCACACCUUAUACUCCAGAGUCUAGAUUAGAAGCUCACAGACAUCUUGAAGAAAAACGGAGAGUUAAAGAAAAUAUAAGAGGGCAAAAAGUGAAAGAGAAGCCACCUAGGACUUUGAUCACUGCAGAAGGAAAAGUUCUGAAUAUGAAUGAACCAAAACUUCAUUUCUUUUUGAAAGAUGAUGAAGAAAACAACCAGUUCAUCCUGGAUCUUGCUGUUUAUAGACAUCUGGACAGCUCUCUAAUUGAUGUUGAUGUCCAGCCAACUUACCUCCGCGUAAUGGUGAAGGAUAAGCCAUUUCAACUUGUGCUUCCUGCAGAGGUGAAGCCAGAUAGCAGCUCUGCUAAAAGAUCUCAGACAACUGGACAUUUAGUUAUCAGCAUGCCAAAGAUUCAAGAAAUAAUUAUGGCUAACCGAAAAACACCCACUUUGGUCAAACCUUCUGACAGCAAUAAACUGCAGACAAAUAUAAAAAGGGAGCGAGUUGAGAAACUAGAAGUGGAUCCUAGCAAAUAUUCAUUCCCUGAUGUGGCAAACAUAAUCCAAGAAAAGGAGCGAAUUGGGCAAGGACCUAUUAAUCUGCAGCAACAAAAGGUUAUAGACACUGAGAAUAGUUAUGUUGACUUUGAAGAUAACCAAGAUGUUCCACCCUUAAUAUGAAAUGUUACUGUAGGGCUCCAUUGUUUGUUACCCAUGUGACCCAGAGUUUGCCUGAGCAGUUUUCUUGACUCAAAUUUU